AUGCAGACGCGCCGUACUGACUCCCUCAGGCUCACCACAACCGCGGCCGCCGGCGCUGCAGCCCUCUACUACACCACCACCCCAUCCACUUCCACUGCCUCCUCCUCCUCUGCGCAAUCAGCCUCUAAGGCCUCCCCAUCUCCCCCGGCGUCACAUGAUACCACCCGACCAGGGCAUCGCCACGAAUCCGAGUACGCCUCCGACGUCCCCAAGCCCGUAGAAGACCGCCACGGCGACAGCGUCACCAAACACAGCAUCGCCGCGCACAAGAACCAGAACAAAGUUCGCGAGGGCAAGUUCUCGGGCAAGGAGUUUGACAACCAUGAGCAGGUACAUUCGCCGGGGAAGCCUGGAGGUGACUUCGAGGUGAAGCGGUAG